UAGUGAGGCUUAGCAGGCCUGCCUGCAGCGGACGUCGCAGGCGUGUUCGGGCAAGGUGGAGACAUAUCCCUCCGUCUGCGACGUCUUGACUUCUCUCUGACGACAUGUAGUGUUCUAUGUUCUAUCGCAGGUUCGGAUGUGCCACUAUCACCGAUAUGUACUUACCAUUGUUCGCACUGGACCCGACGUAUCUGCGACAGAUAGAGGGGACACCACAACGUGGGGGUACAGUAAUCCUUCGAGCGUCUGCUCAGACAUGUUGCAAGAUGACUGAGACAGGUCCCAAUGCAACCACAGCGAUCCGGAAUGCAUUGUUUGACCCUACGAAUCCUAUGCUCGUGUUCCUAGGAAGAGAAAAAAUUCUUUGCUUUAUACAGACUGCGCGACAAAGCGCAGUGUAUCUGUCUACGGUGAGUAAACAGGUAUGUAAAUACGUACACGUGUGUCCGGAGCUAGGCCUGGCCGUGGUGCAUCGUGCACGACUGGAGCCACUCCCGGUGUAUGCAGGUGGCAGAAGAACGCGAAAGUGGCGUGAAACGACUUCCCAGUCUUCCCUGCGGGUGGGAGUGUCCGUAUCGAUUGGAUCCAUCCGGCAUUUUAAAGGCUUCUGCAACGUAACUCUCGACUCCCCUGGAUCUCAUAACUCAGCGGCGCCCGGGCAAGAAGUGGAGAGUGUGCCUACAGGCGUAACGAGAAGGUACCCCCACGAACGUCUUUAAGUAGUAGACAAUGAAACGUAUUCGCAGAGACCUAGGUCUCGAGUCUCCACCAAUCACAUGCCAGAAUCGUUCCUUUUUCGACGAAGACCUAUUUAGUAUGUAGGUCGACGUCCUGGCGAAUGCGCUCUACUAUCGUCGGCAUGCUUGCUGCAUCCAGCUUGAAGCUUUAAAGUUCGAA